AUGACCGACGACGCCAACCGUACGCGGUCCGCCCUCGUCAUUGGCGUCCAGAAGGCAGGCACGACGCUGCUGCACGCUGUGCUGCUUCUGGCGCUGAGGCUACCCAAUACACACCCAGCGUACCGUACAAAGGAGCUGCAUUUCUUCGAGGACAAUGACUGCUCAGGCUCCCAUCGCGACACCGUCCACUGCAAACAGCUCCUCGACCAAUAUGCUUCAGACGGCUGGCUUGUGGACGGGUCGCCGGACUAUUUCCAAAACGCUCACAUCUGGGGAUCGCUGCACUUUACACUGCCGCGGGCGGCGCUGCUCAUCACCCUGCGCGACCCGGUUGAUCGGGCCUAUGCAGCAUGGGCGCAGAAUCAAAAAGGAUCGCUUGUGCCGACUGAGCCAUCGGGCGAUCUGCGCAGCUUCGACAGGGCGGUGAGAGAAGAGCUCGAAGACCUGUGGCAUCGGUGCUCGGACGCCGCCACGGCAGGAGCGGCGCGGCCUGCAAGGGCGUCGGAUCUCGCACUCCAGGUCGCGGCGAGCAUCCAGCCGUGGUAUGCGCCAAAGGGGGCCGUUGCGGCGCUCGGAAUCACGGAGAAUGGCUCACAGUGCUUGAGGCACUGGCGGCGCGACUGGCUCCGCUGGAAUUACCAUACCAACGGGACGUGGUGCGGCAGCUGUAAACAAUACCUCGCGCGCGGGUUUGUGACGGACAAGCUCGCCGCCUGGGAGCGAAGCUUUGGCGGAUCGGUGCUUGUGCUCGGAAUGGAAGGCGUCGUAGCCGACACGCCGGCGACUGCCUCGCGCAUCCGUCGCUUCCUCGGACUGCCGACCGUGCAGUGGAGCGGCGAGAGCCUCGCAGCGCUGAGCGCCAUCGCUCGACGGACUUCAUGGCAUCCGGCGGCACGACGGCUCAAGGCGGCGAGCUGGUCGGACGGCGUACUCUCCAUCCUAUACCGCGAGGAGGUGCGCCGGCUAUGGAUGCGCGUGCCGGCGAUCGUCGACUCGUGGGCACGCUGGAGUGGGCCAGACGACUCGACGGUGGACGGCUUCACCUGCGAAGCCGGGGUCAACUAUGUGGGACGUUGCGUGCCUGACAGCCAUAACUCCGCGAACAAGCCAGGCUGCCGCACGAUGUCUGCGCAAACGAGACGCAGCUGCCAAGAGCUGUGCGUGCGCCAUGGGGCCUCGUGCGUGGCUGUCGUGUACAACAAGUGGCGCCAGUGCUAUCUGAAGGCGGAGAGGUCGCCAACCACACACGAGUCGGUGCGGCAAUACGGCACGGUCGGCUGCUCGCGUGUGGUGGAAGGUGAGUACACACGCACAGAGCGGCAGGCUGCGGCAGGUCAGGUAGCGGCAGGCUGCACGGCUCUGAGCUUCCUGGUAGCGGCUGUGCUAGCAAAAGGAAGGCGCCUCAACAUCAACGUCACUGGACUCUUCCGCCGCAUGCACGAUGCCGACACCCUAGGGCUACAGGAGGCCCGCUGUCCCGCGAAGGAAGGCUCGGUCCGCGACGACAAGGGACGCGAUGAGUGUACCUGA